AUUCAGUUUCUAUUCUCGCGCAAUGGAAUAAACAAACUGCGCGUGGGCUUGCUAGCUUUGAUCGCUAAGCUAAUGCAGAUAUUUGUGCUGAUUUAAACAUUUUAAAUUAAUAAUUUUAUCUGGACAGAUAACAGAAAGCUGACAAAAUGGGGGACGACACUCCCGAGAGGGAAAUGAAGGAUUUUCAGUUCCGUCAGAUGAAGAAAAUCCGUGUCUUCGACUCCCCUGAUGAUCUGCCGAGGGAGCGCUCGAGUCUUCUCGCCAUCUCCAACAAAUUCGGCCUGACGUUCGUCGGCCAGGGCAGAGCGCUCAAGGUGUUCGCGACGGAUGACAUCAUCGCUGCGGGGAGGGUCGGCGGAAGCCCGAACGAGAUAGUGGAGGGCGUGACGUGCCAGACGCUGACCCUCGACCUCCCGAUGCACCACCUCGCCCUCAGCAGCGAUGAGCUCACCCUGUCCGUGUGUGGCGCUGGCGAGGAAACCGCGCUCACGCUGGACUUCUACGACGUCCGCACCUUCUUCAACAAGAACAGACAGGACAAGCGUCCGUUCGCGUCCUUCAGAGCCGGCUCCGAGCCGGACGCGCUGGUGCAGGAUCUAAAAUGGAGUCCGGUGGAGCCGUUUAGAGUCGCGGCUUGUCUCUCGGACGGCAGCAUGAUGGUGCUGGACGUGACGGAGAAAGUCGUGGCGGUGGCGCAACUUCCCGCCUCCGCCGGCAUCACCUGCGUUUGCUGGAGUCCUAAAGGGAAGCAGAUUGCUGCAGGGAAGCAGGACGCGACGGUGGUUCAGUACACUCCCGUUCUGCACGAGAAGAAGGUGAUCCCUUGUCCGAGUUUCUACACCGCCGACAAUCCUGUUAAAGUGUUGGACGUGUUAUGGAUAAGCACCUACAACUUCGCCGUGGUGUACGCGGCGGCCGACGGCUCUCCCGAGACUCCGCCCGAGCUCGUGAUGGUGUCACUUCCUAAGAAAGACGAGAAGAAAGAGGACAAGUUCCUGAACUUCAGCGACAUCGUGUUUGGGUCGUGCACCGAGAGACAGCAUCACUACUUCCUUACCCACAUAGAGGACUGGGAUCUGAUCCUCGCCGCUUCGGCCGCCUCCAUCGAAGUCAGCAUCAUCGCCAAGCAAGAGGACAAGACAAACUGGGAGCUGUGGCUGCUGGAGGACGCGAGCCGAGCCGAGCUUCCCGUCACUCUGAGCAACGAAGACACGCUUCCUGUGGGAGUGGGCAUCGACUACACCAGUCAGGGCGAGAUUCACAUAUCCGACGAGAAGAAGCUCCCGCCGGCUCCCACGCUGCUGAUCCUCUCCACCGACGGAGUGCUGUGUCCUUUCUCCCUGAUCAACCUGAACCCGGGUGUUAAGCAGCUCGUCGUGUCCGCCGGCGGCCUGCCUCAGAACGGAGAGAGACCGCCUUUACAGAAGUCUGUGCCUCCACCUCAAGCCCCUGCUGCGUCCAAACCGCCUCCUCCCGUCUUCCCGUCAUUCCAGAUGCCCUCCAUCACACCUGCCUCCACUUCUGCCUCUCCCGCUUCUACAGCCGCUCCAGCAGCUCCAGCCUCUUCCUCCUCGGGUCUUUCCUUCGCUAUUACCUCCACCGCUUCCUCUCUUUUCUCCUUCAGCGCCGCUUCUUCCACUUCUUCGAUCUUUCCCUCCGCAUCAGGCUUCUCCUUCACAGCUCCUAAACCUUCAAGCGAGGCGCCCUCUCUCCCUGCAUUCUCCUUCGGCGCUCUCGGUGUUAAACCGCUGACGGAGGGCGCGAGCGCGAACGCUGCAGGGCACGUUGCUAUGGCUACGGCCACAGCUUCUCCCAUCACUCUGCUGAAGGGUCCAGCGGAGCUGACCACGCCUAAUGUUCGAGUCAACCUCAACGACAGGUUUCUCGCAGCGGAGACUCCCGCUCCACCCGCUCCAUCUACCCAGCCCUUCUCCUUCACCUCCACUCCCAAACCUGCCGCAGCUCCGGACUUGAGCGCUCAGCCCAAGCCAGUGUUCACCAUCAGCAAACCUGCUGCACCUCCCGCAGUGACUCGUCCUGCCCCUGCUCAGACCAGCGCUCCAUCUGCUGCAGUGCAGAAAACCGCUCCGGCUCCAACCGCUCCAUCUGCUGCCCCUUCAACACAGCUCCCUUCUGUGAAAUCUGUGGAGAAACAGCUGCAGCAGACGAAAGACUCCGACCCUGUCAUGGUUGGAAUACAGGAAGAAAUCGCUCAUUUCAAGAAGGAGAUGGACGAGCUGAAGGCGCGCGUUAAGGGGGCGGAUUUCCGUGUAGGGAGCUCGGACGAGAUGAAGGAGCUGCGCAAAGAGAGUGAAGACCUGCACAGGUUCACGCUGGAGAUCAAGGAGACCACAGAGUCGAUGCACGGUGACAUCAGCACGCUGAAGACGACGCUGCUGGAGGGUUUCGCCGGAGCCGAGGAAGCUCGAGCUCAGAGAGAACUGAACCGAGACAAAGGGUAUCUCCAGCUGCUCUACAAGAAACCUCUGGACCCACGCAGCGAGAACCAGCUGAAGGAGAUCCGCAGGUUGUACCAGUACGUGAAGUUCGCCGUGGAGGACGUUAAUGACGUGUUAGACCUGGAGUGGGAAAAACAUCUGGAGAAGAAGCGGAAACAGAAACACAUGAUAGUCCCUGAGCGAGAGGCUCUUUACGCAGCUCUGGCCAACAACAUGGACAUCAUCAACCAGCAGAAACAGAAGCUGGAGCAUCUGGUGAGGGACCUGCAGAGCCUGAGACUCUACAACAAGACCUCCAGCCAGCUCGCGUCCACCUCCUCGCCAUCUCCUUCAUCAUCCUCACAGGGUCUGGAUAGCGAGCUGGAGAGUCUGAAAAACGCCUUGCUGAAGGCGAGUCUGGAUGCGGCACCCAAAGCUCCUUCCAAAUCUCCGUCUAAGAUGACUCCGGUGAAGCAGUCUCAGCUGAGGAACUUCCUGUCCAAGCGUCAGACUCCACCUGUACGAUCCACAGCUCCAGCCAACCUGUCGAGAUCAGCGUUCCUCUCCCCCAAAUACUACGAGGAUCUGGACGACGUGAGCUCCACCUCGUCUCUGUAUCAGCCUCAGGAGUGUGACGACUCGCCGCCUGUGCCUGAGGAAGUGGAAGUGCCUCCGCCCGUCCUGGCCCAACCACGCCACCCCACCGUAGUGCGCACUUCAUCCAUCCAGCCUCGAGCCAUCGUCGACUCUGCGCCGCCGUUCAGCGGAGUGCUGCAGUGGCCGGGGCUCGGCAUCGGCGCUCGCGGUAAGACGCGGCGACAGACUGCGGGGAAACGAUUCGUUACGACCAAACCUCACUUCACUUCUCUUUUUUUUUUUUUUGGAACAGUUUCCAAGAUAAACAUGGACAGCGCCGACAGCACAGCACUGGCCACCAAGACGGUGACGCACGGACCUCCUCCCACGGAAAAGGCCACGCCUCUCGAGAAGACCACGCCCACCACUCUCCCCCCGGCCCAGGCUGCAGGAAGAGCCGCUUUAAGCCGACAGAUGAACAGCCAGAAACCAAUGGCGAAUCUGACUGAACUCACGCUGAAGAACGUGCCUCAGGUUGUCAACAUCCAGGAGCUGAAGGAUAACGGAGCCGUCAUGCCUGUUUCCACUGACGCCGGCUCCUCCAUGUCUUCAUCUGCAGAUCAAACCUUUCAGCAGGUUCUGGCGACCGUCGAGGCCAAAAAAAAUUCCACCCAGAGCGCAGUAAAGGUUCAUCUUCCGGUCACAGAGAGCGCUCCGGCCCAAGCUGGCUUUGUGUUCGGUCUAACCAAACCUGACACUGCUGCGCCAUUCAGCUUGACCUCGUCUCUGGAACAGCAGAGCAGCAGAGGAGUAUCACCUGCAGGAUUCACCUUCAACCUGAGUGCCACGUCAUCUCAAUCUCAGGCAGCGAACACUUCUCAAAGUGUGACCCAGGUGGGUAAAAUUCCCCAGAAACCUGCCAGUUCUGUCCCGAGCUCGAUGGGGGAACCAGGCAAAAGCUCCACGAUUCCCCCGUUCCAGGUUCCCAAAGCUCAAGAAGACUCUCUCGGCUCUUUCUUCGGUCUCAGAGUUGGCCCAGGAGACGAGGUUAAAGAAUCCCCUAAGCCCAAUAUGGCCUUCACCUUCAAGCCGUCUGGAAGCGCAGGUCCUGGCGCGACGUUCACUUUCGGAAACCCUUCGAAACCCGUCGCCGCUGGAAACGACUCGGAUUCGGGCAGCGCUACAGCGGAUGCGUCUAAAAAUCCAGGAAUUUUUAAGCCUCCUGAGUGCGCAGCAUCAUCGCUGACCAGCAAAACGUUCUCCUUUACGUCUGCGUCGUCUGCGUCCGUGCCGUCCUUCAGCUCCCUGCUCGCGGCUCCUCUUCCUCAGGAAACGCCCUCCGUAGCCGAGAAACCUCCCGAACCCGAACCUUCUCCUCCACCCGAGUCGAUUUCCGCCACGACGCCUGAAGAACCUCAUUCAGAGCCGAGUCCUGAACCUUCCGCUGUCUCUACGGCCACUCCGUCUCCGGCGUCCGUCACAGAAGAAACUCCGCCUUCCCAACCCAAGCAGGAAGAGGCAGAAAAUCCGUCGACCCAAACAGCGACCGUUCCCGAGGCCACUCCCACUCCCACACCCACGGUCACAUCUACACCGCUUCCCGCCGAGACGGUGCCUGUAACGGCGUCGAAACCCGUCCAGGAAACGACGCCUGCUACUACAGCCAGCUCUGCUCCGGUAGAACAACAACAACAACAACAACAGCAACAACAACAACAACAACAACCACCAGCACCAGCACCAGCAGCAGCAGAAGCAGCAGCUCCACCCUCCACCACGCCGGGCUCCAUCUUCACCCAGCCAGCUGUGAGCUCCAACAGUACAACGUUAACAGUCACCACCUUCACCCCGGUCAUCAGUACAGCAGCUGUCAGUACGUCUGCUCCAGCUCCGACUCCAGUGUUCUCUCAGACGGUCAGUACCUGCUCCACCCCUGCGUUUGGAUCUUCAGGAUUCGGUGUUCCUUCCACCACGUCCAGUUUUGGAAAACCGGUUUUCGGACAGCCGGCAUCCGUCGGAUUCUCCUCGGCCAGCGGCUUCACUUUUGGCCAGUCGGCGUUCGGGGGCAGCUCCGGGUUCGGACAGACGGCUACUCCGAGCUCGGCUCCUGCUCCGGCGUCCAGCAGCGGGGGGGGAAGUGGAGGAGGAGGAGGGCUGUUCGGUUCGGUUAGCUCCACCAACGCCAGCUCCUUCUCGUUCGGGUCGAGCAGUACCAGCUCCGGAGCGAACACCGGGACGAGCAUCUUCGGACAGAGCAGCGCUCCUGCUUUCGGGCAGAGCGGCAGCACCUCAGGGUUUGGACAGGGAUCCUUAUUCGGAUCUAACGCGGCCACGACGACGACGUCUUCAGGGUUUAGCUUCGGACAGCCUACUGCGGCGUUUGGCAGCACCUCGACUUCAUCAGUGUUUGGUCAGCAGCCGAGCACCAACAGCGUCUUUGGCCAGCCGUCGUCCAGCGGAGGUUUGUUCGGUUCAGGGGCGGCCAACUCCUCCAGCUCCUCAGGCGGAGGAUUUUUCAGCGGUUUGGGAGGAAAGCCGAGCGAAGACGCUGCCAACAAAAACCCGUUCGGAUCCACCAACACCGGCGCUUUCGGACAAACCAAUCAAACAAGUGGUAAUCUGUUUGGGAACAGCGGCGCGAAGGCGUUCGGCUACGGAGUUUCGACGUUUGUAGAGCAGAAGCCGAGCGGGACGUUCAGCGCUGGAAGAGGAUCUGUAGCUGCUCAGGGGUUCGGAUCGUUCUCUACUCCGGCUAAAACAGGUGGGUUUGGAAGCGCUCCGGUGUUCGGAAGCCCUCCUGCGUUUGGAGGAUCUCCGGCGUUCGGAGGUCAGGCUACGUUCGGCUCGGCUCCGGCCUUCACCAGUCCUCUGGGCUCCAGCACAGGGAAAGUGUUCGGAGAGGGAACGUCAGCGGCCAGCGUCGGGGGAUUCGGCUUUGCGUCUCCCCCCAGCGGCCCCACCUUCGGCAGUCUGGCUAGUCAGAACAGCACACCAACCUUCGGUAGUUUGGCUCAGCAGAGCCCGGGAUUCGGAGGCCAGAGCAGCGGGUUCUCAGGCUUCGGUUCUUCCGGAGGUUUCGGGGGCUUCGGGAAUACGAACACCAAUCAGUCGUCUUCUCAGACGUUUGCUGGUUGGAGAAGCUAGUUGCUGGAAACUCUGCUGUUCUCACACUCUGCAAUUAGAUUAGCAUUUUUGGAAGCAGGGAUCUCUACGCAUCUGAAAGCUUACAAAAAUACUCUGAAGUCCAACUGACUUGUGUAGAUGCGCAGUUUCAAAUCUCAAUCGUGUUAAAACCCAGCGUUCACCAUCAGAGCACCACAAAGCCCGGCACAACACUGAUUUUCUCCAACAAAUGCUAAGUAACCAUUUGUUACAACCAACAGUCACCAUUAAAACUAUAUCAAACGCCAACAUUUAGAGUUAAAAAGACCAACAAACACCAACGUUCUCCAUUUGGUCACCUUCAAACACCAACAUUCUUCUUGAAAAUGCCAGCGAAAGCUAUCAUUCUUUAGGAAAGCACCAACAUUCUUCAUUACAAAUCCUUUAAACACCAACAUUCUCCAUUGAAAGCCAUCAUACACCAAUAAUGCCAAUGAAAAUACAACCAAAAAUCAUAAAAGACUUACUAACACCAGCUUUCUUUCAUUAAAACACCUACAUUCUUAAUGAAAAUACCACCAAAAAAAUCAACAUUCUUUAAAAAACAAGGCUUAGUAACACCAUCACCAUGAAAACAGCAUCAAAAACCAACAUUCUUAUAAAAGGCUUACUAACACCAACUUUCUCCAUUAAACCAACAUCAAACACCAACAAUGGCCAAGUAAAUACUGCUAUGAAAGUCCAUCAAACACCAACAUUCUUCAUGAAAAUGCCACAAGAAAACCAACAUUCUUUAUAAAUGUCCAACUAACACCAACAUUUUCCAUUAAAACACCUUCAACCACCAAAAAUGACCAUGAAAAUACCACCAAAAACCAAUGUUCUUCAUUAAAGGCCAUCAAACAGUAUCAUUCUCUAUUAAAACGCCUUCUACGUGUUAUAGAUUUUCUGCACCUUUAUAUACCUUCUACAUUUUCUGUGAAAAUGCCGCCAAAAAAACCCAUUCAAGGCCAAUUAACACCAAUGUUUUCCGUUCAAACACCAACACUGUCCAGAGGAACUCCAUCAUUCACAUUCAGAGUGCAUUAUGGUCAGAUGGUCAGAUGUUUACUUGUGCACUUGCUGCUGUAAGUCAGUGUGUUGAUUGUACGGGGUUUUUCAGAGAAUUAGGCUUAAAGGGUGAAUGUCCUGAUUCUGAUUGAGGCGCCAGAGCCCUUUCCCACUUCCUCAUACAGACUGAAACAUGAUAUUAUGUUUCCAUGAAGAUUUGUGAGACUUGUGAAAUGAAUAGAAUAUUAUUUUAUACACUGCAUGAGUUCUGAAUAAAUGAUGAAUUUAAUUUAACCGGGAAUGUCCAUCCUGCAGCACAAUGAUAAGACCGGCUUCAAAUAAAAUCUAAUGAAAGAAA